GCCCGCCCCGCGGCCCGGGCAGGAGGCUGGGACUUCACUCCGCGGCGGCAGCGGAGAACCAGCCCGAGCUCCGCAUCAGCUGCCGCACCGCCGCGCCCGGGCCGGAGCUACGAUGAGCGGCAGAGUGGGAGACCUAAGUCCCAAACAGAAAGAGGCACUGGCCAAGUUUCGGGAGAAUGUCCAGGACGUGUUGCCUACCCUGCCGAAUCCAGAUGACUAUUUUCUCCUACGCUGGCUCCGAGCAAGAAGUUUUGACCUGCAGAAGUCAGAGGCCAUGCUACGGAAGCAUGUGGAGUUCCGAAAGCAAAAAGACAUUGAUAACAUCAUUAGCUGGCAGCCUCCAGAGGUGAUCCAGCAGUAUUUAUCAGGUGGCAUGUGUGGCUAUGACUUGGAGGGCUGCCCAGUCUGGUACGAUAUCAUUGGGCCUCUGGAUGCCAAGGGUCUGCUGUUCUCAGCCACCAAGCAGGACCUGCUCAGGACCAAGAUGCGGGACUGCGAGCUGCUUCUGCAGGAGUGUGCCCGCCAGACCACAAAGUUGGGGAAGAAAAUAGAGACCAUCACCAUGAUUUAUGACUGUGAGGGCCUUGGCCUUAAGCAUCUCUGGAAGCCUGCAAUAGAAGCCUAUGGAGAGUUUCUCUGCAUGUUUGAGGAAAAUUAUCCUGAAACAAUGAAGCGUCUUUUUGUUGUUAAAGCCCCCAAGCUGUUUCCUGUGGCCUAUAACCUCAUCAAACCUUUCCUGAGUGAGGACACUCGAAAGAAGAUCAUGGUUCUGGGAGCAAACUGGAAGGAGGUUUUACUGAAACAUGUCAGCCCUGACCAGUUGCCUGUGGAGUAUGGAGGUACCAUGACUGACCCAGAUGGAAACCCCAAGUGCAAAUCCAAGAUCAACUAUGGGGGUGACAUCCCUAAGAAGUAUUAUGUGCGAGACCAGGUGAAGCAGCAGUAUGAACACAGUGUGCAAAUUGCCCGGGGCUCCUCCCACCAAGUGGAGUAUGAGAUUCUCUUCCCUGGCUGUGUCCUCAGGUGGCAGUUUAUGUCAGAGGGAGCAGAUGUUGGUUUUGGGAUUUUCCUGAAGACCAAAAUGGGGGAGCGGCAGCGGGCAGGGGAGAUGACAGAAGUGCUGCCCAACCAGAGGUACAAUUCCCAUCUGGUCCCUGAGGAUGGGACCCUUACCUGCAGUGAUCCUGGCAUCUAUGUCUUGCGGUUUGACAACACCUACAGCUUCAUUCAUGCCAAGAAGGUCAGUUUCACUGUGGAGGUCCUGCUUCCAGACAAAGCCUCAGAAGAGAAGAUGAAUCAGCUGGGGGCAGAAACCUCCAAAUAAUGCCUUCUCCUCCAGGCCUGGCCCCAGUGUCGGGUUUCCUUGUAGCAGUCAUUUUUUCUACAACCCUGCAGCCCAAAGAAACUGGGCUGGAGGGAAGAUUUCUGGCUGGAUCUGGGAACUUUUGCAUCAGAAUUAGGAAGAGGGCAAGUAGCUGGAGGGGCUCUGCUUGCUUCUCAAAUUACCAGGGAGUCCUCAAGGGCUGGUCAUAGUGGUAGGAUCUAUCAGUCCUGAAAACCUUGUCAACUUUACCUUUCCAGUGACGGCCGAGGCAGGGAGUGGGGUACCACUGGGCAGCAGCAGGGAAGAAAUUAGAAAAAGGGGGAGAGAUUGAGACCCAAUACUUCAGGGAAGCCAGCUGCAGAGGAGAAACGUGCUCCCAAAUGAACAUGGAAGUUGAGAUCGUAAUAAAAGAAAGCAAGGUAGCUGGUUGCUAGAGUUAUGGUGGGGA